AUGGCAGAAGUCAUAUACAAAUCGGGGCAUGCGAUGACCCACCUUGCUAGCGAUGCAGACGGCAAUAGACUAGGCGGUUCGACAAGCCGGUCUAGCCAGGUCACGCAAGAGACAACCGUCAAUGAGGGAUCUGAUCCCGUCCGCCUGCCUGGAGAAGCCGAGUACCUAACUGGCGCAAAGUAUUCGCUCCUCAUGCUGACCCUGGCUGGGGCCCUUGUGCUAAGCAGCAUAGAUAUGAACAUUGUCGCCACGGCAGUGCCUCGCAUUACAGACUACUUCCACACAGUUGCGGAUGUCGGAUGGUAUUCCUCCGCGUUCAGGCUUUGCCAGUGCGCUUUCCAAUUUAUGUUCGGCAAGGCGUACAAGCUUUUCUCUAUCAAGCGCGUCUUCUUGCUUGCCAAUGUCAUCUCGAUAGCAGGCUCGCUGCUCUGCGGAGCGGCCAAUACAUCGAUAAUGCUGAUCAUUGGGAGGGCGAUAGCUGGCCUAGGCUCUGCUGGUCUUCUUUCAGGGUGCUUCGUCAUCCUUGUGCAAUCAACACCUCUGCGAAACCGGCCAAUGGUCACCGGCGUGAUGAGCGCCAUCGAAGGCCUGGCUACGCUAUCCGCACCACUCCUCGGUGGAGCUAUUAUGCAGUCACUUGGAUGGCGAUGGUGCUUUUAUAUCAAUGCGCCUGUAGGUGCCACUACAUUAUUGUUGACGAUGUGCUGUUUCUCGGAUACGCCGAAACCAAAUGGUGUUGCCCGUAUGACACUUAAGCAGAAGAUUUUACAACUCGACCUGAUUAGCAACCUGCUUCUUAUCCCCGCGCUGACUGGCCUCUUUCUCGCAUUUUCGUGGGCCGGUACCAAGCAUUCUUGGAACAGUGGGCUAGUGAUCGGUCCUCUGGUUGCCUUUGGCGUUCUCAUAACAGCAUUUAUCUACAACCAAAAACGCCGCGGAGACGCGGCUGCCCUCCCUUUACGUAUUAUGAAGCGCCGCAGCAUCAUCGCUGGAUUCAUCUUCAUCAUGUGUGGCAACAGCACUGGCAAUGUGCUCGAAUACUAUCUGCCUACUUACUAUCAAGUCGUCCGUGGAUAUACUCCCGCCAAGAGCGGCUACAUGAUGCUGCCUAUCAUCAUCGCUGGAACUAUUGGCGCGCUGGUCCACGGCUUCGGGACGAGCGUCCUCGGCUACUACGCCCCAUUUAUGGUCUUUGCCUCGAUUAUCAUGCCUAUUGCCGCAGGCCUAAUAACCACUUUCAAAAUCAACACUAGCUUUGCGCAGCUGAUCAUAUACACCGGUUUCUCAGGUCUUGCCUACGGCAUCGGAUUCUCAGGGCCGCAGAAUGCCGUCCAAACGGUGUUACCCGCAGAGGACGUCCCGCUUGGCACAUCUAUAAUGCUGUUUGCACAGUCGUUCGGACCAACUGUGGCGGUUGCAGUCGCACAGGUCCUGUUUGUAAAUCAGCUCUCGGUCAAUCUAAAUGGUCUCGUGCCUGGCCUGGGCGGAACAAACAUCGAGAACAUAGGCCUAACGCAGAUUGUUGCGAGCGUACCACCGGCCAAGUCUAGAGAUGUCCUUGUUGCAAUUGAUGAAAGUCUCACCCAAACAUGGUAUUUGGUGGUUGGGCUGGCGUGUGCGACGAUGGUCGGAAGUUUGUUGAUAGAAUGGCGGUCAGUCAAGUCGAGGCGCGACUAG